AAGAGACGUUAUGAAUCUACCUCAUGAUAUAAACAGCCUGCCUGACUAUAGAGUCGGGAUGCAGUAUCUUAGCUAAAAGCGCUCGACGUUUAAAAGACGGCUCAACUCCAUUAAGGUGUCAUUUCAUAGCCAGUCUGAGGCUGUGAUACUCAAACUUUAAUAGUUCCACGAAAGCGUCAUCGACUAUUUGUUUUCAGAUUUGAAGCGAUGUUUAGAUAUUUGAGUCGGUGUUUGAGUUUUUUCUCCAUUCUGCCUUUUACAAUUUCCACCUUUGGGUCACCUAAAUCUCACGAGUACGAGAAGAAUACAGGUGAAAAUUGUAUGAAGUCAAGUAGGGAAACUGUGCUCCACGGAAAUCAGUCAUGGACUCUUCGUGGUCUCCUUUUGCUCCAAAGAAAAAUAUAUACUUCCAGAUAAACAGUAUUGAGGACGAAUGCAAGUGACGUUUUUUUUUCUCUCUCUCUAAUUCAAUGUACCACCGAUCACUACUAUUGCAUCAUUGAUUUAUGAUUUGUUUUAUAAUCACAAAUUAAUAUUCAGUUUCUUUAUUAUAACUUUCUUGCUUUGUCUGAUGAGGUGCCAUUAUGCCCUGCGGACUCUUUUGUUUUUACUCUAAUGGCGGGUUGACAGUAUCCUAAUAAUUUUUUUCUCUACAAGUUAGACCAUUUGAUACUUGAGGACUCAGAUUCCUCCACGUUCUGAUAGCGAUAGUCACCUAACCACAAUUGUUUAACACAGCUGAAGUUCAUCUCCUUGUCAGUUGUGGGUUUGCGGAACAGUUCCGGCUCAGUAAAGAUGAAUUCUACGAGUGAAACUCCCAUGGAAAAUGAUACAAUGGGCAGUCCCGACGUCAAGGUCGGGAUCAGUCUCGUCAACGCGUGCGAACUGAUCUUCGGAUCUUUGGGCAUCCUUGGCAACCUCAUCUGUGUGGUAGUUUUCAAGCGUCGCUCCAAGCACAACCAGACCAACUUCUUGAUAAUCAUGCAGGCUGCCGUUGACAGCAUCGCUUCUGCUUUGUUGAUUUCCCUGACGAUUACGAGUAUCGUCAGCCCGAAACCGCCCUCUAACCCCAUCACGGGCAGCAUCUACUGCAAAUUCUGGACGUCGUAUGUCCUUUUAUGGUCGUCCUUUGCCAUUUCUACAUUCAACUUGACCAUCAUCUCGAUUGAAAGAUACAUUGCAGUGGUUCAUCCUUUGUGGUACGCGAAGAUCUUUAAACGAUCCUCGGUGUUAUUCAUUGCCAUUUUUGCGUGGUUUACUGCACCAGGUAUCAACAUCGCUUACAACGUCAUUGUUAACCAUUUUCGAGACGGGGCCUGUAUAGAGAAUUUCGACAAAGCACAGAAGGCCAUCUCAAUUGUACUUUUCUUCUGGGAAUACUUUUUCCCAAUGUGCAUCAUGACAUUUUCUUUCGUGUGUAUCGCCCGCACCAUGUUAAAGAUGAACAAAGUCUCAGCCAUGAUGUCAGCCAACGCUACCAGCAACUCGAUGGCAUCUCAGACAGCUAUUCUGCCCUCCCACAAGUCCGAAGCCUCGUCAAGUAGUUGUGCUACGCAAAAGAAAGAAAAUCCUCAACGACAGGCCUUGAGUUCCGCCAGGAUGAACCAGUCGGUCAUUGAAAGCGUUCCCGAAAAUCCCACAGAGAGUCAGAUAUCUGUUAUUUCUAACAAGGUGUUGAGACCCGGACCUGCUGGGUGUUCAUCGUUGGGGGCGUCCUGUAAUCAAGGUACCAAUCUUGAUAGAUUCGCGGAACUCCAGACUUCCAAACGAGCUAGUGCUAAAGUCCCGAGAUCCACCCGUCCUGCAGGAGCAUCAGUCCGACGGCUCAAGACUACCAAGGUUCUUUUCCUAGUCUCUUUGGGAUUCUUUGUCUGCUGGUCACCCAAUCAAAUCUACUUUCUUUUACUAAAUCUUGGGGUGAUCGAUUUCUCGCUGGUCCCCUACCGCAUCACCAUCGUCAUGUCAACAUGUAACACGUGCAUAAACCCAUUCAUCUAUGCACUUAGGAUGAAGACAUUCCGUAAUGAAUUCUUAUCAAUAUUUAAAUGUAGAAAUUAAAAAUAUGUGUACUCGAUUUUGAAUGGUAUAAAAUAUCGUUAUAGCUGAGUGACCACAGAGACUAUAACUUCAAAAUUAUAAUUUUCUACAAUAGAAACAUUAGGGCUACAUUUAUUGAUAUUCAUAUAAUAGAAAACUGCAUUCCAUGCACUUGGUAAUUAAUGCAACACAGAUUAUUUUGCUUUAAAAAAAGGAACACGGACGUGCCUGAUCUACAUGUAUAUUUAUAGUUGUGAUAAGGUCAAACAUUACUUUUGUUGAGAAAAGGCUUGUCUAUAUAACAAUCAGCAAAAAAGACCUUUAAGAGAUGAAUUGAAAUAUGACUUUAAUCACAUUUUGUUCCAUUUAAAUAAAAUAUGUGUAAAAGAAACACGCAGAUUGUCAGCAGAUAGGUUGCGUACAAAAAACGGAUUUUCAGAUAUGAGAUCUAAUAAUAAUAUUGAUAGUCAUGAUGAUAAUAAUAUUCGAGAUUUAUAUAGCGCUUAAUACAAAUGUCUCUAAGCCAUGCAUACUAUUACCCCGUCUUAAGCACGGCUUUUCUGAUUGGACAUUCGGGCAUUCAAGGAAUUCCUUCCUACCGGGUACCCAUUUACUAAACCUGGGUUGAGAGUGGCAAAGGAAAAUUAACGCCUUGCCAGAGGACGGGAGUGCUGUGGUGGGAUUUGAACCCCGGAUCUUGUGGUUCAAAGUCCGGAGGCAGUGGCUGGUCCAGUCAGGUUAGAUCUGUAACGCAAUGACA